GGGCCGAGCCCAAAAAACCAGUUAAGAAAAAAGAAAAGUUAUAAAUUGGUGGAAUAUUUUUGGUAGGGUUUCAGAUUAGGGUUCUUAUCAUACGACGGAGCAGUCGAGCAUCUCAGCGAAACGAAAAUGCCGUCACAUAAGACCUUCAUGAUCAAGAAGAAAUUGGCGAAGAAGAUGAGGCAGAACAGGCCUAUUCCUUACUGGAUCCGGAUGAGGACCGACAACACCAUCAGGUACAAUGCUAAGCGUCGUCACUGGCGCCGCACCAAGCUUGGAUUCUGAGGUUCUUGCUUUGAUGCAUUUCAAUUCAUUAGGUUUUUUUUUUUUUGCUUUUUGUUUAAUUUAUGGGACACAAUGGAUAUUGUUGAAUUGUAAUGCCAAAUUUUGGAUCUAUUGUUAGUGAGACGGUGAGAUUAUUUUAGUCAA